AUGGCUGCUAAGAAGGCUGCAACUGUAUCCUGCGCGCCCUCGCGGAAAUCAAGGUGCAAAGCCCGAAGGUUUGUCAAUUGCGGCGCAAUUAGCGGCAAGAAACCGUCGCGCGCGCGCGCACCGCACUCGGCAACUCCAUGCAAUGCAAGGUACUUAAGUUGGGGCAAGCACACUGCUUGGGCCAAACGCAGGGCAUCAUCUUCACAAACAAGAACAUUGCUCAAGGUCAAAGCCAGCAAGUUUGGCCGCGGAGUGGCGAAAACUUUGCGGAUGGUGUCCACGUCGACAGCGGCAAAAUCAGGCGCUGCAAGAUCACGCGAGGGAGGCAAAAGCGCAGUAGGUUCGCGCGUGCUGCGGUCAACGCAAAGCGCACGCAAAUGCUCGCAGCCGCCUUCGAGCCGCGCCCAUUGCGCCAGCGUCAGGGGCACAUGUAAACGAAGGUGGUCUAAGUUGCAAAAUUGCGCAUGCAAGGAAGCCUCGCUACGCGGGAGGUGCAGCAGAGCCAUGCAGAUGUCGAGACGUAGCAAGUUCUCUGGCUGCGGGAGUCUAGCCAACCAUUCCCAGUUGAAUGUGGGCGGGCGCCAAAUGAGUGCCACCAAAGACUCUUGCAAGCGGAAAAAAUCCAUGAGCGCAUGCGCCGUGUCGCCAUCAAUACAUGCCAGAUCAGGCAAGGCCUCCACCCAGAGCGUCUGCACAAGCGGGCCCGCCCGCACAAAACGCCGGAAACUGUACAGCAGGUUGAUGUAG